CUUCUCACUAACUAUCACGCAAUAAGGUCAUUACUUACGUAUCUAGGUAAGUAAGAACUGGCAAUAUUUCCCCAUUGGAGAGGCACCGAGAUCCCCAACAUCUAGUCGAAAAGGGCAACUUGGCUGUUUCGAUCCCUUCCGCCAUUCACCAGCCAUUGGCGGCGCAGGCGGCGUUGCCAUCGGGCCUGAGCUAAGCCUACUGUGCCUAUUGGGCUGUGGCUGGAUGCAAGUUGCUUGAGGGGAAAAUCCCCAAAGGAAGGAUCAUCACCAUGACAAGUAUGUUGCUCCUUUAAAGGCUCGCCGUCUGCUUAGGCGGCGAGUGCCCGGCCGGCGUUGUACCCGGCAGCAAAAUGACUAAACCGGGUCUCCAGGCCGAUUUGAAGGGCAUUCAGGAUAAAAAGCUUAUGGCCAUGACGCCGGUUGUUGGGCACAUCCCAUACCUGGGCGGCCUCGAGAGAAGAACAGACACCUGUGGCACGCGAUAGAUGGAGCUCAAGGGCGUCAUGGAGGACGACAUCCAGCCUCAAAGCAAUGCCAACUACGACGACGAGGAAGAACAAAAUGCCGAUGCCAUCUACAAGGGGCCGCUGGUUCGAAGUGCUUUCCGGGCUAUGGUCCAGGACUUCAGUCCCAUAUGGUUCACAUGGUGCAUGAACGCCGGCGUGAUUGGGACGCUCCUCCACCAACUCCCAUAUCAGUUCCCGGGGCUUCAUGUGCUCUCGACGAUUGCGUUUACGAUCGACCUGGUCCUCUACGUUGUCUUCUCGGUCAUCUGCAUCCUGCACUUCGCCAUGUACCGCAAAACAGCGUACCGAGAACUCGUCGACAAUGUGUUGGACCUGUGUCUCUUCCCGUGCUGGUCGAUCGCCUUUAUGACGCUGGUGUCCUUCGUCACCCUCACCGUGAGCGAGGCCCCCUGGGGAGGCCAUCCGUUCACCAUCGUUGCCUGUGUCAUGUGGUGGAUUGCGGCCACGUGGAGUUUCGGCAUGUUGCUCUUCGUCUUCUCCAACCUGAUCCAGCAGCACAACAUCUUGGACCGGCAGCUCCCGACUCUCAUCAUCAUCCCCGCCGUGGGAGUGGCCACGUUAGCAGCGGUCGGCGGCGUCUUCGCAUCCUUUGCACACAACGUGUCUCCGGGACUCGCCGUUCCGGUCAUCAUCAUGUCGCUAUGUGCAGUCGGAGUGGGAAUCUUCCUCGGCCUGAUCCUAUACACGUACCUGCUUCAUCAGCUGCUGGCAAAGGGGUGGCCAGCUCCGCCCAUGACAGCCACUCUGUUCAUCCUCGUGGGACCCAUGGGACAGUCGGCGGCGGCCUUGCAACUCCUAGGGUCGGCGGCCAGUACACACGGGCAGUUUCGGGGCUACGACCGAGGGGUUUUCCUGACCGAAUCGGCAGCGGGCUCGCUGCAGGUAACCUGCAUCUUCCUGGCCCUGUUGAUGACCGGUCUCGGCGCGGUGUGGCUGGGCUUCGCGCUCGUCGCCAUGCUCCAUCGCAUCGUCAACCGGGACUUGACCUGGGCACCGACGUGGAACGCCAUCAUCUUCCCCACGGGCACGCUGACGACGGCGACCCUGCUGCUGGGCACCGAGCUGGACUCGGCCUUCUUCAAAAUCGUCACCGUCAUCCAGCUCAUCUUCUUGAUCCUGGUCUUCUUCAUCAACGCCGCCUUCACGCUGCUGAAAAUCUGCAGGGGGGAACUCCUCGUCGUGAGAGAGGAUCCUAGGCUGAAGCAGGCGCUGGGGACAAAACCAAAAGCGACAUAAGCACAUGUAAAUUUGUCAUGACAAAUAGAGCCGUAAUGUAUAUAUUAGAAUCAUCUGACUUCGGACAGUCCUCAAUAAUCCCUUUUCCCGUACCGACUCCUGCAGUU